CCUCCCUCCUUGCACUGCACCCAACCGUCCCUCUCCAUUGACUACUUCUCUACCACGUAGGACGGAACAUCUAAGGUGCAGAAAGUGACGACAUGAAAGCGUUUAUUGGAUCGGUUGUGUGUGCGGUGGCACUGCUAGCUGGGUUUUGCACUGCAGACAUUUGCAUGUUUUUUCUUUUUGUCGUUCCAGGGCCCCCGGUGUUAUCUGUCACCACUAUAUUGCAAGAACCAUACACUAUGACCAAAGGGUCUGAGCUGGAGGGGUACUGCAUUGACCUGCUCGCGGAGCUCGCCAAAAAGUUGGACUUCAAGUACAAUGUGCACCUGGUGAAGGAUGGAAAAUACGGGCAACAGGACGAGAGCGGCAACUGGCUGGGGAUGAUCGGGGAGGUGGUCCGAGGGGAAGCCGAACUGGCGGUUGCGCCUCUGACCCUCACAGCGACCAGGGAGCAGAGGGUGGAGAUGAGCACUCCCUUCAUGCAGAUGGGCAUUGGUUUCAUCCUGAGCAAGGACCUGGGCUCCGAGGAGAGCCACUCCCUCAGCUUCCUCUUCCCCUUCUCUACAGAGAUGUGGGUGGGCGUCCUCCUGGCCUUCCUGGUGACCGGCCUCUGCAUGUAUCUGGUGGCCAGGAUAAGCCCCUGUGAGUGGGCAGACCCCGAGACAAACGAACACAGCUUCACCCUCCUGCACAGCUUCUGGUACAUCACCGGAGCCCUGACCCUGCAAGGUGCUGGCCCACACCCUAAAGGCCUGUCUGGUCGCGUUAUCAGCGCCUUCUGGUGGGUGUUUGCGGUGGUGCUCCUUGCCUGCUACUUCAGCAACUUUAACGCCAUGCUACGCUCAGACUCCAAGCACGUCUCGGUGAAUAACUUUGAGGAGCUGGCCAAACAGGACGUCAUCGACUACGGAACAGUCGAAGGGGGAUCCACGUUCAACUUUUUCAAAAACUCCAACAACCCCACCUACCGACGCAUCUACCAGCACAUGCAGAGGAAGAAGAGUUGUGUGGCUUCUGUGGAAGAGGGAAAUCGACGCACCCGGGAAGGCAACUACGCCUUUAUUGGCGAGGCAGCAUCUCUGGACCUGGCUGUGGCUCGCUACUGCAACCCGAUCCGCAGCAGCGAACUCAUCGCCAUGAGAGGGUACAGCAUCGCAGCACCCCUAGGUUUUCCAUUGAUGAAAAACAUAACGGUGGCCAUACUGCAACUGAGUGAGUCUGGGGAGUUGGCCUACCUGCAGAGUAAGUGGUGGGCCAACAGCUGCAUGCCGGAGGGGGGCCAUGUCCCACAGGCCCUCCAGCCCCAGCUCCUGAAGGGCCUCUUCCUGCUCCUGGCCCUGGGGUUGGGCAUGGGACUCCUUAUGGCCCUCCUGGAGCUUGCCUCCAAGGCCCGCAAUCAAGCCAAGGUCCAGAAGAAAUCCUGCUGCUCAGUGUUGUUGGCAGAACUGAGUCAGCGCUUCGGAUCGCGUGGGGCAAACGCAGGCACAGAGACGUCAGAGAUAAGGCAAAGUGUAAAGGAUGUGUUUCACUAGCUGGUUCCUAACAACAUCAUGGAGUUUAAUAUGCAAAUAAACCAUGUGUAAACCCAGUCCUGUCCUUGAGAGUAGCAGUAUCUUCCGUUUCAUAGUGUAUCACACAGCAAUGUGUUCCGUUUCAUAGUGUAUCACACAGCAAUGUGUUCUGUUUCAUAGUGUAUCUACAGCAAUGUGUUCUGUUUCAUAGUGUAUCUACAGCAAUGUGUUCUGUUUCAUAGUGUAUCUACAGCAAUGUGUUCUGUUUCAUAGUGUAUCUACAGCAAUGUGUUCUGUUUCAUAGUGUAUCACACAGCUACCAAGUUCCCCACGUGUAAAUAACAUGGCUUGUAAGAAUAUAUUGUUAUUAGAGUAGAGUCCGUUCUGAAAUGUUAUUAUUAAACCACUAUAGAAAACAGCAACAACAGCAUUUCCUGUCCUCAGAUGACACGGGCCACUGCAGAAAUAAACUACUAACGGUGAUUUAAAUAUUAUGUUGAUACAGGCUUUGCAACUAAACUCCAGAUAAAUGCGUAAGCAAUUGCAUUGUAGGCCAAUUUGUUGUUGUUGAUAUGAACUGUUUUUUAUUCUUUUAUUUUUUUUACUGCCAAAAUAUGUCAUGUUCUACUAAAUUACAUCUGAUGGCUUUUGAGUUGUUUCAUUAACUGUUCUUUGUAAUGUUUUACCUGUUUGUAUUGUCUACCAAAUAAAUCCCUAGACAUGA